CUUCCGGUGUCAUCGCUCUUGGCGGGAGACUUUGCUCAGACAACAAACAGAAAAUCCUUAACUUUAUACACUAGCGGCUUUUGAACGCGGAACCCGUCAAGUAGCAGCGGUGAAACGAUCUGGCUGUCUGAUGGUAAAGAAAAGUCCUCCAGGAUGAAUUGUGAGCUUUUGGCAACGUGCAGUGCUCUCGGCUAUCUGGAGGGAGACACCUAUCACAAGGAAGCGGAUUGCUUGGAGAGUGUAAAAGACCUGAUCAGGUUUUUACGGCAUGAAGAUGACACCCGUGAUAUCCGCCAGCAGCUGGGUGCAGGCCAGAUUGUACAGAAUGACCUUCUUCCUAUUAUCAUUCAGCAUGGACAGGACAAGGCCUUAUUCGAUGCCUGCAUCAGACUCAUGGUUAACCUCACUCAGCCUGCCAUGCUUUGCUUUGGUAAAGUCCCCGAUGAUCCGGUGUUUAGACAUCACUUUUUGCUAGUGACAUCUCAUCUACAAGCGUAUAAAGAGGAAUUUGCCGGUGAAGCGGUGUUUGGCAUUUUAAGUGAGACAUUAUACACACUUCUACAGCUAGACUGGGAGCAGAGACAGGAGGAGGAUAAUCUGCUCAUAGAAAGGAUCCUGCUGCUGGUCAGAAAUGUGCUUCAUGUACCUGCAGAUCCCUGUGAAGAGAAGAAAGUGGACGAUGAUGCCAGCAUCCAUGAUAGGCUGCUCUGGGCCAUUCACAUGAGUGGUUUCGAUGACCUAAUCAAGUUCCUUGCUUCGGCCCAGAGUGAGCAGCAAUGGAGUAUGCAUGUGUUGGAAAUAAUCUCCCUCAUGUUCAGAGACCAGACGCCGGAAGGUUUGGUGAGCGCCGGUCAUGCUCGCUCAGCUGAGGAGAAGCACAGAGACACUCUGGAGCUGGAGGCACUGAGGCAGAAGGAGCUUGCAACAAAACGCUCCCGCACAUUGCAAAGAGGAACCAGACACUCUCGCUUCGGAGGGUCCUAUGUUGUUGAAGGUCUCAAGUCGAUUGGGGACAGAGAUGUGAUUUAUCACAGAAAUGUUCAUCAUUUCAAAAACUAUACUCAUGACACGGGGAAAGCAGUGAGACGUGUUCCCAAAAGGAAUCGUCAGGCCCGGGAAUGUAAGGACCAACGCCGCUCUGCAUUAAAUGUUCGACUCUUCCUGCGGGAGUUUUGUGUGGACUUCUUGGAGAACUGCUACAAUCGCCUCAUGUACCUUGUCAAAGAGAGUCUAAUUCGAGAGCAGACUCAGCAACAUGAUGAGACGUACUACCUCUGGGCACUUAGCUUUUUCAUGGCUUUCAACCGUGGCAACGGCUUCCGUGCUGACUUAGUUUCUGAAACCAUGUCCAUCCGUGCCUUCCAUUACAUUGAGCGCAACAUCACCAACUACUAUGAGAUGAUGCUAACCGACCGCAAAGAGGCCACGUCCUGGUCCCGCAGGAUGCACCUGGCUCUAAAGGCCUAUCAGGAGCUGCUGCUCACCGUAAACGAGAUGGACCGCUCACAGGACGAAAGCAUCCGACAAAGCUCUAGCGUUAUUAAAAGCAACAUAUUUUAUCUGAUGGAAUACAGGGAGAUUUUCCUGACCCUGCUGAGGAAGUACGAUGAAACCCGACAGCCUCACUCUUACCUCAUAGAUUUGGUGGAGUCCACUCAUCUAUUCUUGCGCAUGUUAGAGCGCUUCUGCAAAGGUCGCAGGAGCUUGAUGGUUCAGAAAAAGAAGGUGAGGCGGAGAAGGUCUCGCGGUAAAAAAAAGCCCUCUUCUCCAGAAACUAGUCCAGAGGCCCUUGUAGAGACCUGGAAGAUUGUGGAGGAAGAGUUGAGGGCUUCAGCCUUCCAGUUGUCCGAAUCUUUAACUGAGAACACCGUGCCAUUCGAUGCCACCUCUGAAACUCCCCUUGAGGAUCAAAAGACUGAGGCCAUGGUGCGGGUGCAGGAUGCCCUGCUGAGUCGACUGGCCCCGGAGGCCCUCGGGUUGCUGCGUGCAGCCAGAGAGGUGUGGCCGGAGGGAGACGUGUUUGGUUCUGCUGAUGUGGAACCCGAGGAGGAGCUGGAACUCCUUAAGCAGAUCCUGCAUGCCAACCUGCCAAGGUCUUCACCUCCUGAGCCUGCAGAGGAGGAAGAUGAGGAUGCAGCAGAGUUAGAAGAGGAUGAGUUGGAGUCGGUCCAGAUCUCUGAAAAAGAGUUCAACUUUCUCGACUUCAUCAAGCGGUUUUCCAACCCCAGUGUUGUACGUCCGUACCUCCACUUAUUGAAAUCAUAUUCAAAGAACACUCCUCACACCAACCACUGCAUCGCUCGCAUGCUGCACCGCUUGGCUGUUGAUCUUAAAAUGGAGGCCCAGAUUUUCCAGCUUUCAGUCUUCAACCUGUUCAACAAGAUCCUGAGUGACCCCGCUGCAGCUGCUUAUAAGGAACUGGUGACCUUUGCCAAGUUUGUGCUGAAUCGUUUUUUUUCUCUGGCGGCUCAAAACAACAAGGCAUAUGUGGAACUGUUGUUCUGGAAAAACGUGGGAGCUGUACGUGAGAUGACUGAGGGCUACGGCAUUGACAGAGAGGAAACAAAGCCGUCGUGGACCGAAGUGGAGGAAGAGGAGUUGCGCAACCUUUACGAGGAGCACCGUCAUUCCGAAGAGCCAGAUAUAGUGGAGACUCUGCUGCCAUUACUCAGCAACAGCAACCGCACUCGCCGCCAUGUAGUGAUGCAGCUGGUGCAUAUGGGUCUGGUGGAAAAUGCUAAAGCACUAAAGAAACCAAAGAAAGGCACCCAGAUUGUUCUUUGGACUGAGGAGCAGGAGGAGGAGCUGCAGAUGCUCUACGAGGAGUACAAAGACUCUGAUGAUGUGCUGGGUAAUCUCCUGAAGAAGCUCACAGCCAAGCGGUCCCGUGCACGUGUGGUGGACAAGCUGCUCAGUAUGGGCUUGGUGUCUGAGAGACGACAACUUUAUAAAAAGAGAAGUCGCAGCGCUCAUGGGAAGAGCUCUGGAAAAGCAAUGACUGAAGAAGAACUAACACAAGGCUUACUAGAUGAUUUUGGUGACCGAGAUGAGGAAGAGGACGAAUCUGAAGAAGAGAGUGAGGAAGAGAAAGACGAAGCGCAAGAAAGUGAGACACAGCAUGUAACAAGGAGGAGCCGGAGCCUUCCCUCCACAGAGGAGAGGGGACCUGAUGUAGGCAGUACAGUGUAUGCUUUACAGCAGGAAGGCCUGUCUGGACCUUUGCUGUGGCUACAAAAUAGUCUAUACAAAACAGCCAUGUACCGAGAUGACGAUGGAUUUUCCCAGGAUGUGCCAUUUGUUCCUUUCGGCGAGGAAAAUGCAGACGCCAUGGAAAACAAGACCUUCCGGAGGCUGUUGCGCAAACUGGGACUUCGACCACCUGCAAAUGAACAGGAAACCUUUUGGAGAAUCCCAGCAGAGAUCAGCGACUCCCAGCUCAAAAGUGCAGCUGCAGCCCUACGACCGAGAGACGAAGUACCUAAAGGAGCCGAGGAGCAAGACAGCUCCAGGAGUCCCAUCGGAGAAUCCCAGGGGGAGGAUGAGGAGGAGAACAAUGAGAAUGAGAAUGAGAAGGAGAAUGAGAAUGAGAGGAAGAAGGAGGAGAGGAAGAAGGAGGAGAGGAAGAAGGAGAAGGAAGAGGGAGAAGUCUCAGUUGAACAUCGAGUUCAGGCUCUGAGAGCUGUGCGGCUCAAACGGCAGAGGAAACGUCACACCUCGGAACAUACAGCUCCUGUGUCAGAUUUCACUCCUUCUGAGGAAACGGACAAUAAUCUUGAGAGGUCCCGGGAGAAGGCAUCAAACAAAAGAAGCAGGUUGUUGGAUGACGAAAAUGAGGAGAAUGGGAAUGACUCCACGAUGGCGACUGCUAUGGAAACCAACGACGGCCCAGAUUCAGACAGGGAGGAUAUCUCUGCCCCUGUAAAGCGUAGACGGAAGUUGGUGUUAAUUGAUGAAGAUGAGGAUUAGUGACUUUGUAAUGGACUGUAAAAGGCAGGGGAGUCAUAAAAGGCCUUUGCUUUGCUCGGAGGUGGAUGCACCCCUCUGGAUGGUCUGUAGUCUAGAGAGCAAAUUUUUUAUAUAUUAGUUGUGGGAAGUAAGUUCUGUUUUUAUUUUUUGUUCAUUGUUCCUUUUAAUCUUUGUGUGUGUGUGUGUGUGUGUGUGCGUGUGCGUGCAUUGUACAGGUAUUGCUGUCAGAGAAAGAAUUGUAUCACAGAAUUUCAUUUAUAACUUUGAGCUGAAGGUUAAUAGUCUCAUUGUUUUAGUACCUUUUUGGUUCUCAGAGUAACAUGUAUGUCUCCUUAAUAAUAAUGAAUAAAAAGCAAUAAUGUCAA